CUUCGACGUUAUGGCGGACGGCGACGAGACAGCGAGACUAUGGAAAGUCAGCAAGACCAUUCACGAGCUAGUGAAGGACAGAGGUUUUAGUGUUUCUGAUGAAGAAAUUAACAUGAGCCUCGAGAGAUUUCGUCAAGUUUAUGGGAACAAUAUGGGUGUGAUAGAUCGAAACCAGCUCAACUUUUACACUCACCACCGAUUGAACCCCUCCGACCAAAUCUUUGUCUAUUUCACGGAGGAGCCCAAUGUAGGCGUGAAAGCAAUGCGAAAAUUGCUGGGUAUUAUGGAGGAGAAGGCCAUACAACGCGGUAUUAUCAUCUUUCCAGCAACCAUGACCUCAUCAGCGAGAAAGGUCAUCUCCGCCAUGGCCUCUACGUACCGCCUCGAGGAAUUUGCAGAGGCAGACCUCCUUGUUAACAUCACCCACCACACCCUUGUUCCACGCCACGAGGUGCUAUCGCCGGAAGAGAAGAAAACUCUACUUGAAAGAUAUCGCCUAAAGGAUACCCAACUACCUCGUAUUCAACCCAUGGACCCUGUUGCUCGCUACUACGGGCUUCGGAGAGGGCAAGUCGUCAAAAUCAUACGUCCAAGUGAAACAAGUGGUCGUUACGCGAGCUAUCGGAUAUGCUUCUGAUUUAUGUCUAUUCUAUCUGCUCUUUCACUCCUUCCUCUCCUUCGCUAGCUAUUUGUAUCGACAUGUCGGGGUAAAGCCGAGUCGUGCUGAACCCCCCUCGUAUUGUCACCUCGGAAAUGCGUCUGAAUCCAAGUUCAGUCCAUUUAAACCAACCUUGUUUCUGUGCGGCUCCCGAGGUUUCCAUGGGUCAAGAAAGACAAACUUCCACUUUCUUUGUUCAGAUUCGGCUUUUUCUU